UCUAUUCUACCAUUUUGUCAUUUAUGUACCACAACUUCCUUUAUUUUGUUCCUUUGUGCAUUUUGUUCAAUUUAGUGUUACCUUAGUCAGAGGAUACAAUACUAUCCUUACAUAACAUUAUUCUUUUUGUUUUUUUUCUUCUAUGUAGUAACUUAUCUGAAUUCUUCCUAGUCUUCAAUUUUUCCUUUGUCAUUCAUUCCCUCAAAAUCCAGUAAUGGCUCAACAGGAAGAAGGUUGGCCUUUGGGGCUGGGAUUAUUGAAUGCAAGAAUUGGGUUUGUAAGAAACAAUGAUUUCUCUGGAUCAAUAUCCUUCAACACAAUGUUCACUAGUUCUUCCAUUCAUUCAACUGAUUCUUCCUCAUAUCUUGAUACAGAGUCGACAGGAUCAGUCUUCCAUGACAAGAGCAUCACACUUGGCAACCUCUUAGGUACUUCUAGUUUCUUAGAACUGUCAAGGAGAUCAACAAGAAUAAGAGAUAUGGAACCCUCAAAGGAACACAAAAAGAAUCACAAGCUGAAGCAUUGGUUGUUCUUCUCACUAUGUACAAAGUUAACUACUGAUGCAGUGAGUGUGAAUGAUGUUCCUUCUCUUGGUCAGUACCUUGUUGCAGAGAGAAGAGCUGCAAGUACUUACAGAAGGAAUCAAUGUGCAUUCAUUCAUGGACAUAAUGUUUUGUUGCCAGUUCAAGAAUCGAACUCGCCGGUUCUUGGCGGUCGGUCAAGCUGCUCUUAAUUCACCAGCUUCAUUGAGUGAAGAUAGUGGAAGAGAGGCAAAUAGAGCAUUGCAGCAAAAUAAUGGAUAUGGAACAACAAUACCACUUUCUUGUUUGUGUGGAUGAUUCAAAAAGUGGUGACACUUAAUCACUCAUAUUAGUUACUUAGUUGUUACUUCAUAAUCUAACUGUGUUCUCAUAAUUGGUUACUAAGGGAUUGUUUGGAUUGACUUAUUUUAUUUUAGCUCAUAAAAACGACGUAUGACAUAUCUAUAAGCUCUCCAAGAUAGCUUAUAAAAAUUGCUUGUGGCUUAUAUGAAAAUAAUUUGACUUCA